AUGUAUGCCCAGGAUGCGGCGAGAAAGGUCUACAAUCACCUCAAAUCCGUUCACUCAGCCGAAUUCUUCUCGGGCGAACCGCCCAUGAUCUUAGCUGUUAGCAAGUGGAAGAAUUUAAGGUGGGACGGCGACUCUUGUGCUUACGACCAUUAUAAGCUAAAGGCAGGUGGCGAAUACGUCUGGCAAAAAGAUGGCAGGGCCCUGACAAUCGAAUGGUAUAAGACUUUUGAAUAUGAAUAUCUAUUUGGCCGCGAC